UACCAUCUCAACCAAAAAAAAAACAGCUAAACACCCAAAAAAAAGUAACACAAAAAAAUGGAUUAUUACACAACUUUGCUAAUUUUAUGCUCCAUUUUUUUUGCUUUCUUCCAUAUUUACAAGCUCAUUUCACCCUCCUCAAAACUUACUUCCAAUGAUUCAAGGCUUCCUCCAGGGCCUAAACCUAUACCAAUUUUAGGAAACUUGUCACAUCUUGGAGAUUCACCACAUCUUUCAUUAGCUAAUCUAGCUAAAACUUAUGGCCCUUUAAUGUCUCUUAAAUUCGGAAGUAUAACAACUAUUGUUGUAUCUUCAUCUAUAGUAGCUAAAGAAAUGUUCCAAAAACAUGACCUUACGCUUUCUAGUAGGCAUGCCUCGGCCGCGGUACGCGCAAACGGGCACGAUAAAUGCUCUAUAGCAUGGUUGCCCGUUUGCGCGAAAUGGCGGACUUUGAGAAAAAUCGCAGCCCUUCACUUGUUCUCAAGUCAAAAACUCGACUCGAGUCAAGCUCUUAGACAAGAAAAAGUGUCUAAACUUAUUGAUUAUGUUAAGGAAUGUUGUAAUGUAGGAGAAGAAAUUGAUGUUGGUGGAGUAGCAUUUACAACUUCGCUUAAUUUGUUAUCAAACACGUUCUUUUCGUUCGAUUUAGCUAGCUAUAAUUCUAGUGAUUCAGGAGAGUUUAAGGAGCUUGUUUGGAAGAUUAUGGAGGAGAUUGGAAAACCGAAUUUGGUUGAUUGUUUUCCUAUGUUAAGGUUCUUAAGUGUGUUUAGUGUUAAGGGUAAGUUACUAGGGUAUGAUAAUAAAUUAAAUGAGGUUUUUGAGAAUAUCAUACAAAAGAGGUUGCAAAAUUAUUCUGGAGAUAGUUCAAGUGGUGGUGAUGUGUUAGAUACUCUUCUUAGACUCAUGAAAGAAAAUAAAUUAGACUUGGAUCUUGGGGAUAUUAAACAUCUUCUCAUGGAUUUCUUUACAGCCGGAACAGAUACUACUUCGAGUACAUUAGAGUGGGCAAUGACAGAACUCCUACGUAACCCUGAAAAAAUGGCAAAAGCUCAAGUUGAAUUAGAGCAAGUCCUAGGAAAAAACAAGGUUGUAGGAGAAUUCGAUAUCCCAAAGCUUCCUUACUUACAAGCUAUAGUGAAGGAGACAUUAAGAAUGCACCCACCAACCGUAUUUUUACUACCACGUAAAGCAAACAAUGAUGUAGAAUUGUAUGGUUAUGUUGUGCCUAAAAAUGCACAAGUUUUUGUUAAUGUUUGGGCUAUUUCAAGAGAUCCUAAUCAUUGGGAAAAUCCGAAUUUGUUUUCACCGGAGAGGUUUAUAGAACACGAAAUCGAUAUGAAAGGACAAGAUUUCGGACUUAUACCCUUUGGAGCAGGAAGAAGAAUAUGUCCAGGAGAUAUGUUGGCGUUUCGAAUGUUGAAUCUUAUGUUGGGUAGUCUUCUUCAUGGUUUCAAUUGGAAGGUUGGAGAUGGGAUAAGUCCACAAGAUUUAGACAUGACUGAUAAAUUUGGGAUUACUAUACAAAAAGCAAUACCUCUUCGUGCACUUCCAAUUCCUAAGUAAAAUUAAGGAGGAAUGGAAGAAAUGGAACAUAUAUAUGCUAUGUUAAAUAAGGCGGAUGAUUCAUUUUAUUACUUGAUUAUAUGGUUAUCAAAGUACUUCGUAAGGGGGAGUUAUGCGUCCAAUCUUGACUCGUAAUAUCUCAAAUAUGUUACAGUUACACAAUCCUGGUGAGAUAGACAAAAUAUUUUCUCCGUUUUGAAAUAAGUGAAACACUUCUCUAUAGGGGGAGUUAUGCGUCUAACCUUGACUCGUAAUAUCAAAUAUGUUACAGUUUCACACUUUGGUGAGAUAGAUAAAAAGUAAUUCUCCCGUUCUGAAAUAAGUGUAACACUUUUAUUAAAAAAAACUCUCAUAUAAGAGAGAAACGUGUUUCACUUAUUUCAAAGCGGAUGAAAUAUAAAAUAGUACUCUCAAAGUCUCAAGUGUAAGCGUGAGAAGAGAAGACAUGCUAUAAAUUUCACUUCACCAAAUAAGUAUGAAGAGAACUUUAAAUUUACUUCUCCCUCCUUCCCAUAUUAUAAUGAUUGUUUCUCUAUUUUGAGUCAAACUUAGAAAUGUUUGACCAAAUAUUCUCACUUGUAUAUAAAAAAAAAUAUAUUCAUAUGACACCUUGUUAUAUUC